GCAACAUACCAUCUUCUUUCGGUUCGGUUCAUUUCUUCUCGACGACGGUAUCUUCCUCUGGCGCAACGGCGACGGCAUUAGGGUUUUCUUUUCGAUUUCCGUUCUACUUUUCCGGGGACUGACGGGCGGAGAAUCUCGCCGGAACGAGAUUUCUGACGUCUCCUCCGGUUGGAGCCUUCCUUCAUGAUCGGAUUUCCGGUCGCUCUUCGUCUUUCUUCGCUUGAUGGAGUAUUUGAAGGACGACAGCAGCGACAUCAUGCCUUGGGAUUUGUGGAUGACCUUCUAUGUUAUUAUAAAAUUCUUGCAUCUUCAACUCUCAUCAGUUCAACCUUUUGUAUGCAUUUGAAGUUUGGAUGUUUACGGAACUGAUGAUGAUCUUCCCAAUCACUGCAUCAUUCGGGAUUCUAGGGGGGUUGUUUAUUCAGGACCUAUGAGGACUUCUUCUGGACCAGUAUCUCAUGAGACAGAUCUAGCAGACAUGGAAGUUCAAAUUCACUGCAUAGAAACUGAGGCAUAUGAUGCUGUUUUAAGAGCCUUUAUUGCUCAAUCUGAUGUUCUGUCAUGGGGUAAGGAAGGACUAAUAUCAGAUCUAAGGAAGGAACUUAGGGUUUCUGAUGCUGAGCACAGAGAAAUUUUGGGGAAAAUCAAUUCAGAUGAUUCAAUUAAGUCCAUAAGGGAAUGGCAUAAGAAUACUGAUGCUGAAAUGACAGCAAUGAAUCCUUCUGGUUUUGAUCCGAAUUCCAUCAGUCAUGUAUCUCGUAAAAAGUUGAAACCUGGGCAUAUGGCUGUUUCACUAUCCCCAAAAUACCCACCCCGCGCUCAACCCUCGCCAACAGCUAUUCCUUCACUGACACAUGCUAGAGAAGAUCAGUGGAGCAACAAAGCAUCCGUUUUUUCCUCUCAAGGGCAUGCCGGACAACCUCCAAUGCCUGUUCAUCAAAACAAGCAUGCUCCAAACACUGGGAAAGCAAGAGGGUCUCUGAUCGUUCAGACAUCCAAGAAGGGUUUUGUUCACUCAGGGGCUGAAAAUUUAAAACCUGGAUCAGAGACAAUCGAGAUUCGUGCAACGGACAAGCUUAUACAUGAGGUUGAGAGGGUUUGUGGAGUAGAGAACCCUGAUCCAGCUCAGGUAGAGAAGGCAAAAGUAAUGCUCAGAGAUCAAGAAAGAGCGCUUCUGGAAGCAAUCGGAAAGCUUGCAGAUGUAUCAGAUGAUGACUCACCAAAUCGAAGACAGCAUCAGUACUCUAGCAGGGAGCCGAAGAGGAAUGGACAUGGACUUUAUAAUGCUGUUCACAAGCAGUUUGAUAGGACAAGAAGCUACUACAGUGAAGGAUAAGGUAAGGACCACACUAGAAGAAUGGGAAUCCCGUGCAUUGAUCUGCAAGAUGAUGAGUAUAACCAGGGUUACUGAAAUACCAUAACAUGGGGCUUCAUCCUUGUUUUGUUGGGUUUAAAUGAUGCCAGAUUGACAUGGAUAUCCAUCUCUGCAUUUGAACUUGUCUCAUUUGCCUGCUCUCAGGGAAUGGUGGUAAGCGUUAGCUGUCUUCUUUCUUCUACUAACACCAUUUGUAUAUGAUAAAAUUGUUGCACUCUGUCCAUAUUCUCUUAUAUGGCGUUUUGCUUCCAAGUUGAUGUCUUCUCCUGAUCCCUAUUUUGGAGUUUGUUUCUCUUCUCUGAAGGGCUGGAGAAUGAAUGGAGCCUUCUUUUUGUGUAGUUAGACUUAUCAUAGUAUUAACAGAUAUUCUGGUUGUCUCGGGGCACUUCAUUGCAGUUAAUGUAAUAUACUUUUGCAUAGUGAGGGUUGUUCUAGGUACUUGUACGAAACAUUUGUAUAUUGAUAAAUAGUUUCAGUACAUGAUCAACAGUGUCUGUUUUAUUCAA